GGAGGAUGGUUGUGUGUCUCGUAAGCUUUCGUCCGAUGGAGGUUGAUGGGAGAAAGGGGAAGAAGAAUUCGAAGGGCGUCGCAUGGUACUGGGUGAUAGAGUACUUUUCCACCCUAAAAGAAGUUGAUGCCUCUAUUUUACGCGGGCUUUUGGGGUUUUUUUUUGUUGUUUGUGUUGAUUGUAGAAUUGAUAGAACUGGUGCCUGGGACACAUGAUGAGGAAUUAGGGGCAAAGACUAGGGAAGUGGUGGCGUUGAGGUGUUUAGAGGAAUUGUUUGAUCCUCUUCCGGAUCCGGCAACUGUUGAUGCUCAAGCUAAUGGGCAUUUCGAUUUCUCUCGGGGGUUUGAGGAGGUCCUCACGUAUAUUCUACGACGGGCAUCGAUUUCAGAAUUGAAGUCGGGUGCCCCAGAGUCGUUAACAAGUUGUGCUAUUCCUUUUAUCAUCCAUAAAAGAGCUAGUAUGGGUCAAGCUGCUCUGAGUAAGCUCAAAGAUGAACUUGUACGAGGAACUCAUCCCUUUGCUCCAUACUUGAGCAAAGGUAGUAGACUUGUGCUUGCAAACGUGCAAGAUAACGAUGACAUUGUUGCACUUCCUUUGAGGAGCCCCAGUGAGGCCAAUGCUGAUGACCAAGUUUCUGAGGUCCCAGAGCGUUUGGUUGAUAUGAACCUUGACAAUGUGGAUGGCAAUGCUGAUGUUCAAGUUUCCAAAGUUCAAGAGAUCCACAAUGGUGAUGUGCAAGUUUCUGUGGUUCAAAAGAGCUUGAUUGCUACAACCCAUGACAAUGUGGAUGACGAGGCUGAUGUUCAAGUUUCCAAAGCUCAAGAGAGCUUGUUGUAUACUUCCUUUGAUGAUGGCAAAGGCAAUGCUGAUGCUCAAGUAAGCUUGAUUGCCUUUGACAAGGUGGAUGGUGAUGGUGAUGGUGAUGCUCAAGUUUCUACAGCACAAGAGAACUUGAUUUGUACUACCCUUGAUGAUGCCAAUGGCAACUCCGAUGCCCAAGUGGCUGAAGCUCAAGAAAGCUUGAUUGAUACAAUCCUUAACAAUGUGGAUGGCAAUGCCGGUCAUCAAGUUUCUAAAGCUCAAGAGAGCUUGAUUUAUACUACUCAUGAUGAUGCCAAUGGCAAUGCUGAUUCCCAAGUGGUUGAAGCCCAAGUAAGCUUGAUUCCCACAAUCCUUGAGAAUGUGGAUGGAGCACAAAGACAUGAUAUGCAUGCUGAAGAGUUCUUUCCCCGAAAGAGAAAGAGCAAUGAUUUUCCUGAUAAAUAUGUGGAUGGACAGUCCCAUGAAAUUGAAAACCAAGGUGAUCUGGAUGGCCGGUAUGAUCACUAUUUAGUUACAAAGAAGAUCAGGCUGGAUCCCUCUUGUGGUAAUCAAAUAGUUGCUGAGGCUUCCAAAGGAGUGAGGAAAUAUUCAGAACUUGGAGGCUUGGAGGAAAGUCGUUCUUUGGAGAUUGGUCAUGAUGAGAGGCUUGGGCUUGUGAGUGAUAUUCAUGGUAACAGUAACUUACAGCCUAAUACUGACAAGGUGUCUCGAGGUGCAUCUGGAAAUGAAACCGAUGAUUUCCUCUCAGUGGGUGUAGUCAGUGACGGUGAUCUAAGAGCGAGCAGUGUUGUACCCGCUUUGAAAACUCAGAAUAUUGAUAGUAACUUGCAUGAGAUUGAGCCUGAUAAUACCAUGGAACAUCUUCCUAAAGAAGAUACCGAAUUUGAUAAUGAUGGAUAUGAUAAUGAGGGGCUCAAAGUUUCCGAGAAAGAAGGAAAUAUCUUCAACUCUCCCUGCAAAGUAAAUCAUGGAUCUUCACAAGUAUCUGAAUCGCCGGUACUAAAUUUCUGUGUAAAGUGUAACAAGGAGGGUUCACUAUUAGUUUGUGGCAGCAGUGAUUGUUCCUUGGGUAUUCAUGAGAGCUGCUUGGGUUCCUCGGUUAAAUUUGAUGAUCAGGGUAACUUUUACUGCCCCUUUUGUGCAUAUUCUCGCGCUCUUUCUGAGUACCGUAAAUGUACGGAAAGUGUCUCCUCGGCGAAGAAGGAACUUAAUGCAUUUUUUAACAUGAACGCAAUUCACCAACCAAAGGAACAUGCUGAGAAGUUAUACAGAGGACAAAGCACCACCAUCCUAGAUAGUACAAACCAAGGAACAUGCUGAGAAGUCACAAGGGCAAAGCACUAUCGUUCUGGAUGACAACACAGGAAAGAUUGAGCGCACUUGAGGAACUCAGGAAAGUGAAAAGGAUUAAUGUGGUCAUAACUCAUAAGCUUUGUGUAUGACAUUUUGCACCCUGUCUCGAUCUCAGUAUGUCACAUUAGAAGUGAACGAAGUUGAUUAUUGGCACAGCUCCUCAUGAAAAUGGAAGGAAAUCCAAAGGUGGUUUAAGAUCAUCCAUUGGUAAGAGUCGCCUCUUUACUCGUUAUUGAUCUGGCUCAGAUUUUGAAAGUUUCUUAAGGUCCUAUAAGCAUUUUGGACUGUUUUGGUACUUUUGCAGUUCUUAAGCAUUAUCAUCAUCAACGAGGAGUGAUCGUAUCCACUCUAUGCAUACUACUUGGUGCGUGCUUCAGAGUUGGGGGUUAAUGGGAGUUCAGGGUAAAUGCCAAUUAGUAUGGGUGUGGAAGUGUUAGGAUUGUAUCAUAUCUUGUAAGACAGUUAAAUGCUGUAAAAACAUGUAGCUUUUGUGCAGAAGUCUUGGAUUUGAUCAUC